AUGGUGUCCUGCUGCGGUGCCUGCGCGCAGCUGCACGGCGCCCGGCAAAACGCCUUCCGGAAUUUCCGGGCCGUGCUCGCGGAGCGCGAGCGCAAAUCCCGCUUGGAGGCCGAGCUGCGGCGCUUCGAGGCCGCGCUGCUGUGGAGCGCGCUCGCGCGGCCGCAGCGCGCAAACGUCAGCGAGAAUGAUGACCUCAGCGGCGCCAAGGAGGUUGCAUCCGACGUCAAUGAUCUGCUGACGUGGCAGCCCCGGUGGAGAAUCGUGGGCAAGGACGCCUAUGCGGUCUACGACAACCCCUGGGCUGACGUCAGCAGCGGCGGGGAGGGGGGGUCGGAAUUGGAGUUCGAGACGCCCCCCUUCGGCAGCUUCCUGAUUUUCCUGGGGGCGGAAAAGGAGCGCGCCCGGCGCGAGCGGAUGGAGAUGUUCCUGGAGCAGGGGAUGACGUCAGCGGAGAGUGGCAACGUGGGGGUGUCUCCAAGCCCAGAAACCAGCCCCCCGGAACGAGAGGCUUUUCCUGGGGGGGUGCAGAAAGACGGCUGGAGCUGCCUGUUCAGCCCACCCAGCGCGAAGAGCUCUAGUUUGCAGAACUGGAUGACGGAGAGUUUCACUCCGCCAGGGGGGACUCGGCAGCCGGGGGUCGAGGGGGGGUAUAGCGAGAGCUCCAAAAUGGGGGGCACCGGAUGGAGGGAAAGUUGGGGGGGCGAGGAGGAGGCGUGGGACCCGUGGCGGUCGCUUUUUAGCCCGACACGUGGUGGCGGGGCGGGAGGACACGUGGCGAAAGGACCCCCCCGGAAGGGUAGAAAGGUGGAUAUCAAGAAGAAUGAGCCGAAGGCCCGCACUGCAGAGUUUCAUCGGGGAUGGCUGGGGGAUGCCCCGGGACGCACGCUUGCGCGCAUUCCGCACGCGGAUGGGCGGAGCGGACGGAACGGACGGUCAAACGGACCGCCGGACGAAGGUCGUCUGCACGUCCCGACCGCUCCUUCGCUUAUGCAGCCGCCCAAGAAACUGCCCGACUGGCUAGCCGAGAAGCUGGGGCGACCCAAGAAGCCGCACUGGAGGUAG